AGUUACCUUUGUCCUUUGUUUAUUGCCUAUCCACUCUUCUUCUCCGGUCUCCCCUUAAACCUCCAUAAAGUCUCCUCUGUCAGUCUCUAUCGCCGACCCCCCGAUCUCAACAUCAAGCAAAAGUUGCUGUCUUUGCCCUCGGAAGCUUCUUCAGUCGCCAAGUCGUCGUCCGGAAGAUGGAGAAAGGGAAGCAUCAGGAGGGAGGAGGAGGAGGAGGAGGAGGGGCUGUGGUGGUGUCGAAACUAAUGCCGCCGCAGAAUCCAAUUGAGCAGCUGCAGUCCCGUUACAAGGAGCUGGAGGGUGGGUUCAAGGCCUGGCUCUCGAAGCAGUCCCUCCCGGUGGAGGCCGCCGUAGUCACCGCCACCAGCGCCGCACAAGGCGCCGCCAUCGGGGCAUUCAUGGGCACCCUCACCAACGACGUGUCCUCUCUCACCCCUCCCCCUCCGGCCAACCUCAACCCGCAGGCCAUGGCUUCUCUCAAGCAAGCUCAGGCUUUAUCGGGAGGACCGCUGAUACAAGCUCGCAACUUCGCUGUAAUGACCGGAGUGAAUGCCGGCAUUUCCUGUGUUAUGAAACGGUUGAGAGGAAAGGAGGAUGUGCAGUCCAGCAUGGUGGCGGCUUUUGGUUCUGGAGCCAUGUUUACAUUGGUGAGUGGGAUGGGCGGCCCAAAUCAAGCGGCAAACGCAGUCACAUCAGGUCUCUUUUUCGCACUUGUUCAGGGUGGAUUAUUUAAGUUGGGACAAAAAUUCUCUAAACCACCAGAGGAAGAUAUAUACUAUGCCAGAACACGAAACAUGUUGACGAGCCUCGGCCUUCAGAAUUACGAGAAGAACUUCAAGAAGGGCCUGUUGACGGAUGGAACCUUACCUUUGCUCACCGAUAGUGCUCUAAGAGAUGUCAAGAUCCCUCCUGGACCGAGGCUUCUCAUCCUCGACCACAUUCAGAGGGAUCCAGAGCUAAAAUCAGCGAAGAAGAAAUAAUGGGUGCUUCUGUUGAUGAUAUGCAUCUACUGUUGAAGUUAUUGGUAUAGCAUGAGAGCAUUGCAGUUUUGUCAGAUUGAACCUCUUCGUAGUUUUCUUGUGCCAAUGUGCGCUGGUGGUCUGACUGCUUCUGAUGCAUGGCAUUAUCUGCAUUCGCUCGCGAGAUUGAUUUAACGGCAUGAGUCUUGCAGCAUGUGUCACGAAUGAAAGGUAUAGACCUGACAAUUACGCCUCGCUCAAGAAGAAAAGAAACAUACUAGGAAAAAGCACAUAAAACCAGGAGGGUGAAUAGAAUAUUCUAGUCGUGAUCCUUCCAAGUUAUUUUACCUCUUCAUGACUCACAAUGCGUUUAGGUAGUCACUGCAUUAACCGGUUCGAUAUUGGAAUACUCGUAAAUAUGUUUGGUCAGUUAUCAGUGAUCCUCAGGAUCUAUCGUGAGAGGCUAGAAAUGUUCAUUUAUGCAGUUUUUGUUAAUAUA